CGGUACCUGCUAGAGGAAGAGAGGAAUUUGUAUCAAAUGAUAAACAGCGAAGUGAAAACGUAUCAGUCUUAUUUUAAUUAUGAAGUGUGCUUUUUUGGUGGUUUCAGUGUUUCUCAUCUUGAUCAGUCAGUCAUUUUCCAACCUGCUACAUCCUAACACAGGGUUACGGGGGUCUGCUGGAGCCAAUCCCAGCCAGUACAGGGAGCAAGACAGGAACAAAUCCUGGGCAGGGCGCCAGCCCACCGCAGGGCUCAUCUUGAUCAAUGAUACCUUAAUUGAAGCAUUGAAGCUGAUAUGCCCACCUCGGCAGCUGUUGAUCUUAAAUACUUACGCUACAGCUGGCUGUACGCUUGAGGGAAGUGGCAAGAAUUCUGUCGACUGUAAAUGCUUCAAGAAAGAUGGGCCUACUAUUGCAAAGUAUAAUGGAGAAUCAUUGAACCAAAGUGUUUUACUAGAUGUGAAGAACAUCAAUCAGGGGAACAUUUCCCUCAUCUUUCCUUCAGUGCAGCAUUCUGACGGUGGGAAUUACACCUGCUGUGUGUUCAAUGAAACCAUUUUUCGUUGUCAAGACCUACAGUUGGAUGUAGAAGUUACAACUGAAAAACUAACAAAUAGUAUGCAAAACAAUACAUCUUUUCCUGAAGGUGCAAAACGACAAAGGCAUUGGCUGUGGAUCAGUUUCAUUGUAGUGGCAGCAUCUUUAUUAGCUUUAAUUUGCAGAAUUAAUAAAGGUGAUUCUUCUGGAAAAAACUUUAAGGCAGAAUCUUUCAGAUUGGUGAAUGUCGUUGCCCAAGUUCCUGUCGUGCAGUCUGAUAUAGACUGAUGCAUUAGUUCUUUCCGGAAAUACCUGAGGAAAAGGGUGGUAUGAAUUCACUCUUGUGCCUGCUUCUGUGAGACCUCUAUGGUAUGUGCAAACCUUUUUAUGAAAAUGUUGAAAUGGAAGGAAAGAAGUGACCAACUUUCUCCACUUAUGCUGACACAGUCCUGGAUAUUCUCCUGAAUUCAAGACAUUUCUCCCUUUUCUGUGAUGUUUAGGUGGUAAAUAAUUUAAAACAAGUCUGACUAAAAUAGCAUUAAUGGAUUUGUCUCAAAAUGAUAAGCUUAGUUCACCACCAAAGUUGGGGAGUAGGAGUUGGGGGUUAUGUGGGGUAAUGUGCAGUAUCUAUUUAAUGUAAAGGAAGUAUUUAACAAAUUCAAUUAUUUUAACAUGUUUUGAUAUAUCUUGUCAUGUCUGUAUAAGUUAUGUUAGUAUACUUAAUAUAAGUACAUCCAUUUUGGGAUUUGAUAUUGUUUAAUAAUAUAUUGCCUUUGUCUUUUAUUUCUGUUGGCUUCCAUAGUAAGCCUUUAACCACUACAAAAUACGAUUUGUGAAAUGAUUCUCCUCAAUUGGGCCUUUUAAAUUAUUACAGUCAUUUUCAACCCGAGGACUUCAUUGUACUGUGCUGUAAUUACUUAAGUUGCUACCAUGGCCCAUUGUGAGACUUGCACGGACACCACCAGUUAGAAACCACAUCUUUAUAAAAGUCUCACGUUUAUUUUCCACAAAAACACAGUCCCAAACACAACUCACAGUGCUCCCUGCACCAAUCACCCCUAUUCUGGUCUUUCUCUAUGUCCGUGGCCGCCUUUCCUCUCCUUAUGGUAGUUUCGUCCUGCUCCUGCUCCCGACACUAGCUCCCUGAUUGUAGGAAAGUGAUCCGUUUUAUUCCCACCCGGAUGUGCUCCAGGAGCCCGAUGACGUCCUUCCGGCAGCACUUCCUGGUGUGGCGGAAGUGCUGCCCUUUGCACCGGAAGCACUCCGUGCGUCACUGGAAGGGUCUUCCUCCAUCUUCCGGGGUGUGGCGGAAGUAAAUGUUUCCCGGGUUCCACGAUGCUUAAGGCACCCCCUGGCGCUGGCCACGGGUCCCAAUGGGUUGGAACCUCCUUGCUCCUUUCCCUUGGUCAUCUCUUAACCCAGGGCGGUUGUCCCCUUAUGGCCCGGAAGACAUAAAUGCCACCUUCUGGUCCUGGUAAUAACUCCAGCCUUCUGUGACACCAUGUAAUAGUUUCUUCACCCUCACAUUUAUAUUGAAAUAAGAUAUUAACAUUGUGACUUAUCCAUACUCUUUGCAAAAUGCAGCUUUGCUUUCUAAAGCAAGUUUAUUGUGCAGCUGAUUGUCGUUUUUGUUGGUCAGAUAUGUCUGGUGUAUUGAAUGUGUGAUGGAAGGAAGGGCUGGCCUGGUGUCCUGGCUGGGAUGGAGGUUCCCUUAAAAUAGAUGGAUCUUAUGGAUUAAUGUGCAACCCAGCUGGCGUGGAUGGCAUUCCCUUUCUUACUUAUAGGAGGCUACUAUAAUGGGAGGGAGGGGAGAGGAAGAGACUGCUUCCUGGGUAAAUGUGUUCCAACAAUACAGUGGGUGGCAGUAUCCUUGUGGUGCAGUGACAUAUGGUGAAGUUCAUGGCUGGUGAGGCACUGACUCCUUCACAGUGAGAUUUACAAAUAUAUGAAACCAAAAGAGUAUCUUAUUCAGUAAUCAUUUGGCAGCAUGCACAUUGACUACUGGUUAUGUUUCAUAUCUCAUCAGCAUUCUUUACACACACA